CCGUUAUUCAGGGAGCCGUUGCAAUCUCCCUCAUUUUUUCUUCCUUUUUCGUCAUCUUUCUCAAGUCUCAAUUGUUCUUUCUUUUUCAUCCUUUUUUUCCAAACUGAAAACUGCCUAAUAAAAUCCAAUUUUUCCCCAAAAAUAAAACCUACCCAUUUAAAUUCCCAUUUUUCUCACUUACAAAAAAGUUAAAAACCCUUAAAAAAGGAUUUUUUUUUCCUUCCUUUUUUUGGUUUUCUUCAAUGGAAUCCAGUGUAACGGCACCCCACCUCAGUGUGCGUCAAGUUCUUGAUUUCAUUCAAUCAGAUGACUUAGAUUUGAAGAUCAAAGCUGCCCAAGAGAUCAGACGGCUCACAAAGACUUCUAAACGUUGUCGUCGUCAGCUUUCCUCUGCUAUUCCUCAGCUCGUUUCUAUGCUCAGAAAUGACUCACUUGUUUCUACUGAAUCUUCUCUUCUUGCCCUUCUUAAUCUUGCUGUAAAAGAUGAAAAGAACAAGAUAAGCAUUGUAGCAGCUGGUGCCUUGGAUCCCAUAAUCAGUUUUCUCCGAUCAAAGAACACGAGCCUUCAAGAAUAUGCCACUGCCUCGUUGCUAACACUCUCGGCAUCUUCACUAAACAAGCCAACUAUUACCUCUUUUGGGGCGAUCCCUCUUCUAGUUGAUAUUCUAGAACGAGGCAUGCCUCAAGCCAAAAUCGAUUCUGUCAUGGCACUUUACAACCUCUCCACCCACUCGAACAACAUUACGCUGAUCCUCAAGACAAACCCCGUUCCGCUCAUUGUUGACUUGCUCAAAACGUGCAAGAAAUCUUCAAAAACAGCUGAAAAAUGCACCGCCCUUUUAGAAUCACUUAUGAACUUCGACGAGGGUAGGAAAGCUUUAGUGUCGAAAAAAGGGGGUGUACUUGCUGUGGUGGAGGUUCUCGAGAGUGGAUCCCUACAAAGUCGAGAACAUGCUGUUGGGUUACUGUUAACAAUGUGUGAGAUCAAUCGGGGCAAGUAUCGAGACCCAAUACUUAAAGAAGGUGUUAUACCAGGUUUACUCGAGCUUACAGUUCAAGGAACUUCAAAGUCACAAAAUAAAGCUCAUACGUUGCUUAGGCUACUAAGAAAUUCUCCUUACCCAAGGUCGGAAUUGCAACCCGACACUUUGCAGAAUAUCGUAUGCAACCUUAUCUCACAAAUAGAUAACGAAGAACAAUCGGGGAAAGCUAAGAAAAUGCUAGCCGAGAUGGUUCAAGUGAGUAUGGAGCAAAGCUUACGACAUUUGCAGCAAAGGGCUCUGGUAUGCACCCCAUCCGACCUUCCUAUUACCAAUUGUGCCUCUCAAGUUCCUUCCAAGUGAUGAUCAUAUGUUAAUAUAAUUUGACCCGAAACUCGGCGAAUAAGAUAUUUCUGCUAGUGUGCAUACAAUGAGAUAUGCCAUGCCAGUCCAGACCAUUGUGAAUGGUAUCAGGUGACUGGUGGGGAAUAAAAAUAGGAUAAAAAUUCUCUAGUUUGUAAAGAAAACUGUAUUAAAUCUUGCAAAAAACUAAAUUUUAAUGAAGAUACUUGCUUAGUUCCACA